AUGGACUUGCACCGGGCCGCAUUCAAGAUGGAGUCGUCCUCCUACCUGCCCAACCCUCUGGCAUCCCCAGCCCUCAUGGUGCUGGCUUCCACCGCAGAGGCCAGCCGCGACGCCUCCAUCCCCUGCCAGCAGCCCCGCCCCUUCGGCGUGCCCGUCUCCAUGGGGGAAAAGGACAUGCACCUGCCGUUCAACAACGGCUCCUACACCUUCGCCUCCAUGUACCACCGUCAGGGAGCCGUUCCCGGGGGCUUCCCCAACCGGGACUUCCCCUCCUCCCUGCUGCACCUGCAUCACCAGUUCGCCCCCCCAAACCUGGACUGCUCCCCCAUCAGCAUGCUGAACCACAGCGGGGUGGGGGCCUUCCGACCCUUCGCCUCCCCCCCAGAGGACCGCGACGGGGCAGGGGGCUAUCAGUCAGCCUUCACCCCAGCUAAGCGCCUCAAAGGCUGCCUGGAUGCAGACGCCUCUCCCCACCUGCGCUACACGGACGCUGAGGGUAAAGAGUAUGACUUUGGGGCACAGAUCCCCUCCAGGUCCCCAAGCGCCCUCAAAGCAGUUGAGGACGCUGGGAAAAAGAUUUUUGCAGUGUCAGGCUUAUUGUCCGACCGCGAGACGUCAUCAAGUCCAGAAGACCGCAUCGAACGCUGUAAGAGGAAGGUGUCUCUGUAUGACAGCCAGGCCCCCAUCUGUCCUAUCUGCCAGGUGUUGCUGCGUCCAGGAGAGCUGCAGGACCACAUGGAGCAGGAGAUGGAGCGCCUCACCCACAUGCACCUCAGUAAGAACCCAUCACACGGACACAAGGACAGCAGUGUGGCUCCAGGAACUCCUAAGUCCAUGCUGUUGUCGGUGCACAUCAAACGCGAGGGAGAGUCACCGGUGGUCUCCCCUCUUUCCUCUGAAGACGCCCACCACUCCGACAGAUACCAGACAUUUUUACGAGUGCGGGCUAAUAGGCAAACGCGAUUGAAUGCACGGAUUGGGAAGAUGAAGCGCCGGAAGCCAGAGGAUGGGCAGGUAUGUCCACUGUGCAGCGCGCCGCUGGCAGGGACAGAGGAGGAGAUGAGUAGGCAUGUGGAACAAUGUCUGUUCAAGAGGGAGGGUGCGUUUGCUGAGGAUGACUCUGCAGACAUGGACGGAGAGAACGGGACCCGCUUCGAGGAGUACGAGUGGUGCGGCCAGAAGAGGGUCAGAGCUACCACCCUGCUGGAAGGAGGCUUCAGAGGAACAGGCUUUGCCAUGUGCAGCACAAAGGAGAACCACGACAGCGACGCCGACCUGGACGUGGAUGGAGACGACACACUGGAGUACGGCAAGGCCCAGUACACAGAGGCAGACAUCAUUCCCUGCUCCGGAGAGGACCAGGGAGAAGCCAAAGAACGGGAGGCCCUGCGCGGGGCGGUGUUGAAUGGCGGAAUGCCAUCCAACAGAAUAACGCCAGAGUUCUCCAAAUGGGCCAGUGAUGAGAUGCCCUCUACGAGCAACGGGGAGAGCAGCAAGCAGCAGCCGCCUCAGGAGCCCAACGCCGCCUGCUCAUCCUCCAACGCGCCCCGGACCUGUAAAAACAGCGAAAUAGAGAAGAUCACAGAGGGCUCGACAGCCACCACGUUCGAAGCACUAAAGGCUCGUAUCCGGGAGCUGGAGAAACAGAUCCUCAGAGGGGACAGAUAUAAGUGUCUCAUCUGCAUGGACUCGUACACGAUGCCCCUCACCUCCAUCCAGUGCUGGCACGUCCACUGUGAGGAAUGCUGGCUCAGGACUCUGGGAAACAAGAAACUCUGCCCACAAUGCAACACCAUCACUUCGCCAGGAGAUCUAAGGCGCGUCUACAUGUGAAGAAGACGGCGCCUGCCCUGACCGGCCUACACCUCCAACCCCUCCUCCCUCCAUUUGUUCCUCUUUAUAUUUCCAUUUGCUCUCUCAGUAUUUGUUUUUGUUGACCUUGCGUGAGCCUGGGUUUGUGAAGCCCCCCUCAGAGCUUCAAAAGAUUACUGAUGUCUUGAAUGACUCUUCAGACCAGGGGAGGACUGACUGAUCAACCAACCAACCAACCAACCAUUUGGACAGAACCUAACCAAGUAGUUCAUUAUGACUGAGUGUUCUCAGAAUGACUAACCAACCACCCCUCCCUCACUGGCUCCCUCCACCCUGCCCUCUAGUGGUGGAUGAUCUAUCCAGUCAGAUGCCCUCUAGUGGUGGGUGGUCUAGUCCAGUCAGAUACCCUGCCCUCUAGUGGUGGGUGGUCUAGUCCAGUCACAUACCCUCCACCCUGCCCUCUAGUGGUGGGUGGUCUAGUCCAGUCACAUACCCUCCACCCUGCCCUCUAGUGGUGGGUGGUCUAGUCCAGUCACAUACCCUCCACCUUGGCUGACACUUCUGGUUCUGUGUUUUUUGAUACUGUAGCUCCCAGACGACCCAGCUCUACACUGCUGUGUUACUCACUGAGCCACCCUCCCUUCGCCUCACCAUCAUCCCUGCGGAGAGGUGUGUUCAGGUGGGAGGAGGUGGUGGUGUAACUCCCUCUGUGUGGAAAACCCCUCUUGGUUCAAGCCAUCGGGACAGCCAAGCUAGAUAUUAAGCUGACCACCGGUAGUCUCACCCUGCUUGAAGACUUGGUAAGGGGGAAAGGAAAACAAUCAACUCUUUCAGCGUUCAACCAAACUGACAACCUCAGAACAUCCAGGGGAUCCUCUUCUUCUUUUCAACAUCCUUUUCCCUUCAGUUGUGGUGUUAUAGUGAAGUCAACCAAAUCCCAAGAAUCAGUGCAAGCACAUGUAUAAUAGUCUGUGUAUGUUUACAGUGUUGUGUGUAAAUGACAUAGAGGUUACACUUGUAUACAUAUGUACGCACACAUACACACGCACACAUACACACACAAAGUAUAUAUUAUUAAAGUCCAGUUUUUAUUUUGAGUUUUGGUGAGGGGGGGAAAGGAAUGAUGUUUAAAAAAUGGACAAAAAGAAAGCCCUCUGUAUUUUUAAAACAAUGUUGUCGUCUUGAGGUUGAAGUUCUAUUUCAUUGUACAGGAAUACAUUUAAAGUAAUAAUAAACUACUCAAUUAGAAAUUCAAGGUUUAGAUGGUGUACAUUUUUCAUUAAACUAUACAGUAACAUCUGUAGAAGAUUUAAACCUAAAACAAGAUUGUUUAUUUUGAUUUAGUUUUUUGAAUGGAAUGUAAAGAUUCAAAUGGCUCUAACCCUAGACUAGGAGAGAUGAUGGCUUUGAAUUGUUACAGAACUGCAACGCUGUUUUCAAAAUCACAACCUGGAACGUAGUUGUUAACCUCCACCUCCCACCUCCUCAGUUCCUGAUCAUAUCACUUUACUAAUCACUUUGGUUUUCUGUUUUGUUCUCUGCUCUGAUAAAGCCUCAUAAAACGCUUCUCCUCCAGAAAUGUUUGAGUGUUCCUUCCAUUGUGCUACCCAGCAAAGGCUCCAACCUGGCAACUCGUAAAGGCAGGUCCUUCCCAUCUGUAAGGGAAAGAGGAGUGGGCCGCCAUGUUGGGUUGGCCAACUGAUUGCCCAAGACCAGUGACUGAACACUACCCCACAGCAAGGUGGUGUGCUUUGUAUUUGUAAAACUAUGUAUCCUGUGAUGUCUGUAUUGAUGUAUGCUGACAAAAAAUAAAGAAAUGAAAGGUUUAUGACUGAAUUCAAACCCCAACGGAAACCCUGCAGAUAUAUUAACACAUGUACAGAAAGCUUCCAUUUUUUCGUGAAGGGGAAUAAUAGAUGAAGACUUUAGUCACAAAUGCAAAGAUUUUUAUAUUUAUUUCAGUCCAGACCUGGUUUCUCUUCAUGGACUACUGUUUUCAGAACUUUCUCCAGUUUAGUGCUUAUUGCAUUGGUUUAGGUUUAAGAUUAUUUCACCAUCUCCCUCCAUUGUUGAUUUAGAUGCUAUUUUAUGGUGACUAUUUGAUAAUGAUUGCUACAAUGUAGACAUACAGCAGGUUUGUUUUCAUAAAAGCAGUACACAUCUUUAGUACAGUAUUGUUUCUAUAAAGGGUAUGUUUUGGAGCAGCCUGUUAGAAGGUAUGAUCACAGGCUCAUAGAACCUCAAAAGGAUCUGUAGAAUUGUUCCACGUUGUUACAAAGUCUUUUCCCAAUACCUCUGUUCAUACAGUACAUGUAUAGGUUUUUGUUCUAGUUUUACUUUGCGGUCACAUGUACAGGUAACCAUGCAUAGGAAAAUGAACACUUAAAGCUGUGCUAAGGUAUGUGUGGGUCACCUUUGAACCCGUGAUAGGAUGUUUAAGCUUACUACACCUGUGUGUCAAGACAAGAGCUGUGACUUCUGUGAAUCUGCAUCACAACACUUGAGAAUUAAGGGUUAAGCUCUUCUCUCACUGUGGUUCCUUCAACUGGAGAUUUAUUUCAACCUGCCCCAAAGAUGACAAAUUGCACAAGAUGAUUGUGUGAAAUAAUUUGUGUCUUUGUAUAUUCUUGAAAAUGGUACGUGUCUUUCCCGUUUGUAAACUACAUUUGACAUUAAUUAAAUGAUUGUAAAUCUGAAAGUUG